AUGAGCAAGCCAGAUACAGUCUACGCCGACGAGCGGCGGUUCAUGGACGAGCGUGGCUCGUCUGCCGCCCUCGCGCCCAACGGCGAGAACCCGGCGACGAUAAUGGAGAAGGCCGUGCGCGAGCGCAUCAUCGACUCGUACUUUUACAAAGAGCAGUGCUUCGCCGUCAACGAGGCCGACAUCGUCGACCGCGUCGUCGACCACGUAUCCUUUAUCGGCGGCACGCACGGCGUCACGCAAAAACCGACGCCGUUCCUGUGUCUCGCGUUCAAGCUGCUGCAGCUCGCGCCUUCGGACGAGGUCCUCGAGACGUAUCUGCGGUUCGGCGGCGAAAAGUUCAAAUACCUCCGCGCGCUGGCGUGCUUCUACAUCCGCAUGACGAGGAGGGCCAAGGACGUGUACCUUUUGCUGGAGCCGUUCUUGGAGGACCGGAGGAAAUUGAGGAGGAAGGGCCGGCAGGGCACGAGUCUGACUUUCAUGGACGAGUUCGUGGACGACCUGCUUACCAAGACGAGAGUCUGCGCGACGAGUUUCAGGGAGUUGCCGAAGAGAGUUGAUUUGGUGGACCUUGGAGAAUUGGAGGAGAGGAUCAGUCCACUGGGAGAUAUCGACGAGUUGCUGGAUGAGGAGGAGGAGGAGGAGCAGGAGCAACAGGGCAGUUCACGGGAGAAUGGGGCCGAUGAUUCAGAAGGAGAGAUUGUAGAGGACAGAAGGGACGAGGGCGAACCCAUGGACGUGGAAAGGAGAUCACGCUCAAGGAGCAGAGAUCGGUCCCCGUAG